CGCAUUUGUUUCUUAAAGCAAAUUACUUGCACCUAAAAAGAAGAAAACAUAAUGGCUCCCAAGGACAAAAAUGCAAGCCAAAUGUUGAAGAAAGGAAACGUUAAUGGAAUUAUUAAGAGCAAAGAGGUGCAUUAUAGGGGAGUAAGGAAGAGGCCGUGGGGUAGAUACGCAGCUGAAAUCAGAGAUCCGGGCAAGAAGAGUCGCGUUUGGCUCGGUACCUUUGAUACGGCUGAGGAAGCUGCCAGAGCCUAUGACGCGGCGGCGCGUGAGUUUCGAGGACCUAAGGCUAAGACCAACUUUCCUGUACCAGAUAAAACGAACAGCUACAUAGGUAACAAGCGCCAGAAUCAGCAAAGUCCUAGCCCAAGUAGCACCGUCGAGGAAUCCUCCAGCCCAACAGUGGAGCGUGAGCUCAAGCGUGUAGGGAGCAGUGCGACUGGGAUUGUAGGGAGGUUUCCUUUCGCGUGCCACCAGCAGCUGGCUCUGGGUGGUGCUGAUAGGAUGGGUGGGGUGGCUCACGCGCGGCCGGUUCUGUUUUUUGAUGCGUUGGGGAGAGCUGAGGUUGUAGGUCAGGUUUACCCAGUUCGGUUUGAACCGGUCGGAGUUGAGUUGAGUAUGGGAUUUGGAGGUGUGGUCCAAAGCGAAUCAGACUCUUCGUCGGUUGUUGAUUGUAAGCCAAGGUUGCCUGGCCCUGGCCUUGAUCUUAAUCUUCCUCCCCCAGUGGAUGCUUGAUAGUUUCUACCUUUUUUUACGGCAAAUAUUUUCAUUUUCCCUUUUUCACCUUAAUUUUCAGCGUGAGAGGUAGGGAGCCUUGAAGAAAAAGAAGAAAACCAAAAAAAAAAAAAAGCUGAUAACCUUUGCAGCUAUGGUUUAUCCUUCGAUGUAAAUAAUUUAGGAUAGUGAGCCCUGUGUUUUUUUUCCCCAACUGAGAGGAACAAAAAUUAUAAUACUUCUUAGCUGUUUUUGUUAUAGCCUCUCGUUCAAACUAAUCUUUUAUUUUCUCAAUGAAAUAUCGAAUCUCUAAUGCUGAUUUCAUA